GCCCACAAGAAGGGUGCCGGCUCCACCAAGAACGGCCGCGACUCUGUGUCUAAGCGGCGCGGCGUCAAGGUGUAUGGCGGGCAGCCGGUGAAUGCGGGCGGCAUCAUCAUCCGCCAGCUGGGCACCAAGGUGCACCCCGGCAAGAACGUGGGCCUGGGCCGCGACUACACCCUCUUCUCCCUCAUCGACGGCGUGGUGGUGUUUGAGAAGAACUCGCGCCGCUCCUCGGUG